ACACUUAUAAAAUUUGUACCGGUUUACCGGUCAUCACUUGUCCACGCCUCGGUUUUGACUUCGUACUCAUCAAAAUGCAAGUCGAAAGUCUUAAAACCCUUCAAACGAAAAUGAGAAAUGAUGAAAGAAACCACUCCCUGACGAAAAAGUACUUGACUGAUGAUAUUGUCAACAAAUAUCAGUCAACGAAGACUGUCUUAGGUGGCACUCUCGCUCAGUGUGUAAAUACAAGUAAGUUUAUCACAUAUUCACAAAUUGAUGGAUUAUAGAACGCUUUUUGCCUGUCGCUUUGUAGUUUUCCAGGUGAUUUUCCGCUAGUUUUGUUCAAACUAAGCUUAAUAUGAAGUGUGAUAAUCGGCUCGCAUCCAUUUUUAAGUUGUAGUUGUUUCGAAACUUAGUGCUUAUAAGGGAAACCUAUUCAUCAGUUAUGGGGUGAUUUGGAAAGUUUCAUCAGUGUUUUUAUUUGAAAAUGAACAAUUUACUGAAUACCUAAGUUUCUUUGUCUAUACAUUCCUAGUAGUUUGCUUCACCUGUUCAUUUAAUGCACUGUUUUUAAUCAGCCUCUCAUAAACUUUUGUGCAAUUAAUUCCUUAUGUUUGCUGGGUCGAACGACCCUACAUUUGACUGCCAUUACGUACCAGUACCAGUUUAUAUACCGACUAAUCAAGGUAGUUUUGGCGUGACUAUAAGAUUUGUAUUGAGACGUUUGAAAACCAGUUGGCUUAAGUCAAUCCUUUCGUUACUUUCCAGUUAACAAGAUGUAAGCCUCACUCGAAGCACUUCUCAUGUACCUGUAGGAACUAACUUGUGUGAAUGGAGGGUAAGCGGCUCUGCAGUGUUCCCACGGUUUUCCCCUGUAUAAUCACAAAUACCGAUGAGAGAGCAGUAACAAGUCACUAUCAUAGGUAAAAACAAAUGCCUCACUAGUAACGUCGUAUGUCGGAGUAGCACUUCAAUACUAGGUUCCAGCAGUGCGGCAAGUGUGGAGAAUCGCAUACUUAGUAUGAUGUAAAUGUGCCACAAACAAACGGCUGAUAUUGCUAUUUCCUGGUCUGUUUCAAAGCUAACUGUGACUAACGGUCGACUUAUGCGUAAUUAUUUCUGAAGUUUUUUGCAUCUGACCCGCUCAAUUCACAGUUUUGAGUUUCGCUUUCAUUUUAGAUGCCCACAAUCCUGGAGCUUUGUUACCAAGAGCAUGCGAUCUGAAUGCAUACGAAACUUUUAAGGAUUUCUUUGAUGCUGUUAUUGCUGAUUACCAUAAGGUUUGUUUUUUUAUUUCAGAUUUUAUCGUGUAUUCGUAUUUAAGUACCUCUUUUAAGUUACCUAAUAUCCUCAUGUGUUUUAGGUUCCAGAGGGAAAAAUACAUCAUCCUAAAUCAAACUUUGGUGACAUCAAAAGCUUAUCAUUUUCCGACCUGAACACCUACGGCAAUCUAGUUGUAUCCACCAGAGUACGUCUUGGCAGGACGGUCGAAGGAUUUGGAUUCGGUCCCACAUUGACGAAAGAAACUCGAAUUGAGUUAGAGAAAAAGAUCUCUACUGCCUUGAAUAGUUUGACUGGUGAAUACCAGGGUACUUAUUACCCUUUGACUGGCAUGAAGGAAGAAGACAGAAUUAAACUGGUGAACGAUCACUUUCUCUUCCGCAAUGAUGAUAGUGUCCUAAGAGACGCUGGUGGAUACAUUGAUUGGCCAACUGGUCGUGGCAUAUUUAUUAACAAGCAGAAGAACUUUUUGGUAUGGAUCAAUGAGGAGGACCAUAUUCGUGUCAUUUCAAUGCAAAAGGGUGGAGAUCUCAUUGAAGUUUACAAGAGGCUAGCUGGCGCAAUAGCUGAGUUGUCCAAAUCCUUGAAAUUCGCGUUCAGUGAUCGUUUUGGUUUUAUCACAUUCUGUCCAUCAAAUUUAGGCACUACACUAAGGGCUAGUGUUCAUGCCAAAGUACCAAUGCUUGCCUCCUUGCCAAAUUUCAAGGAAAUCUGUGAAAAACAUGGCAUUCAAGCUCGUGGUACUCAUGGUGAGCAUACAGAAUCAGUUGGUGGUAUUUAUGAUCUGAGUAAUAAACGGCGUCUUGGUCUUACCGAACUUGAUGCUGUCACUGAAAUGCAUUCCGGUGUUCGUGCUUUACUUGAACUUGAAGUUAUGUUACAAGAAUAUAAUAAAGGUGCACCAGAGGGUGUUAUGCCAGUUGAACCUUUAACAUACUUGGCCAAGCUUCUGGAAGGUGCUCCAAUCGAAAAGUGUUAUACUCGCAAGUGUUUGACUCCUGAAAUCAUUAAGAAGUAUGAUGGAAAACGGACCACUCACGGUGCUACUUUAGCACACAUGAUACGUAACUGUGCAUACAAUCAUCGUUCAAUAUGUCCACGAACUGGUGAAGCCGAAUGCUAUUCGACAUUUGUGGACUAUUUAGAUCCAUUGAUCUGUGCUUAUCACAAUGUUAAAGAUCCUGCGUUUAAACAUCCUGCACCAACGUUUGGUGAUUUGGCAAAACUUCCAUUUGGUGAUCUUGAUCCAUCUGGUAAGUAUAUCGUGUCUACACGUGUCCGUGUUGGUCGCAGUGUUGAAGGAUUCUUAUUCCCGACUAUUAUGGGCAAAGAUGACCGUAUAAAAUUAGAACAAGUUAUUUCUGGUGCACUGAAAGGACUUACCGGUGAACACGCUGGAACUUAUUACCCUCUAACAAAUAUGAAAGAAGAAGAUAGAAAACAACUGGUUGAAGAUCAUUUCUUAUUUAAAAACGAUGAUCCUGUUUUACGUGAUGCUGGUGGUUAUCGUGACUGGCCUGUUGGACGUGGAAUUUUCCAUAAUAACGCUAAAACUUUCCUUGUUUGGGUUUGUGAAGAAGAUCAUAUGCGCAUUAUUUCAAUGCAGAAAGGUGGAGAUCUGGCUGCCGUUUACAAGCGUCUGAUUGAAGGAAUUAAUGCCAUUGGAAAAAGCAUGAAAUUCGCACACAGUGAUAAAUACGGAUAUAUUACUUGUUGCCCAUCUAAUUUGGGCACAUCAAUGCGUGCUAGUGUCUUGCUGAAGAUACCAAAGCUUAGUGCUCAACAAAAGAAAUUGGAUGAAGUUUGCGCAAAAUAUAUGCUUCAGGCUAGAGGUCUUUAUGGAGAACAUACAGAAUCACCUGAUGGGACAUAUGAUAUCAGUAAUAAGCGUCGUCUUGGCUUAACAGAAUUGCAAGCUGCUCAAGAAAUGGCUGAAGGUGUCGCCAAAAUGAUAGAAAUCGAGAAAGGAUUAUAAUAACUGACAAUGAAGCAUUUUAAACAAGUUCUGUUAGAUAAAAUAAUCCAUGUACUACCUUUCUCUCUCUUACCGUAACCUAUUUUUUUUCUUUCGUUUAGAUGUUUACAACUCUGUCUGUCUAAGCGUAGUUUAUUUAAUUUAUAGAAUAAAUUUAAUGACAAGUGUGU